AUGCGUCUUCGUCGUUUCAUCCCCAAGCUUCUGCUCCUGGGCUCAACUACCCAUGGUCGACCUACAGAAGAGUGCCCUGAUGGGGUUUCUAUCGUCAAGGUCCAGCCUGAAGUUAUCGUUGGGCUCCAGCCUGUCAGUAUCAGUGCUGUCUUCACUAGCAAUACAGUACUUACUAUUGAUGGGACUACGAUUCCUAUCACUGGCGCUCCUACUACCUUGGUCACUGCCUUCACUAUCACCAAGACUUCGACUAGGUACAUCACUGGUAACCCGGAACCGUACUUUACUGGUCCAUAUACGACCAUCACUAGCAACAACCCCGGAUCGAACCCCACUACGAUCACCCGACCGCCCUCUGGCAAUGAUCACACCGGAACAGUGAUCAUAGUCAACCCAUCGGGAGGUUCUGGUGGCUCUGGUGGCACACGCCCUGCCUUCACUGGCCCGUACACGACUAUCACAAACAAUGGACCUGCUGGAAGUCACCCAACCACUUUGACUCUUCCUCCUGGGGGCAAUGACCCCAGCGGAACGGUUAUCGUGGUCGUCCCCUCUGGUACUCAGAGCAAGACCUUCACGGGUCCAUACACAACUAUCACGGCUGAUGGACCGGGAUCUCAGGCUACCACUCUGACACUCCCUCCUUCUGGCACUGGUGGUGUUGGAACUGUCAUCGUGAUUGAUCCAACGUCUCAUGGUUCCAAGCCCUCUUCCACCAACUCAGGUAAGUCUCCGGCAACGACUCUCACUAUUCUACCAUCUGGUACGGAUGGCACUGGCACUGUUAUCGUUAUUGGACCUACGACAACUUCCCCUGGACAUGCUUCCUCUGGAGGCUCCGGUGUCCCCAACCCCAACUCUGUCACUUCGAAGGGUACCUUCACUGGUCCGUUCACCACUAUUACUGGUAUCAACACUGGUUCUACGGGUACAACCGUGACACUCCCCCCCUCUGGUACUGACUCCAUCGGCACUGUCAUUGUCUUGGAGCCUAGUACAAGUGCUCAGAAGACCACCUUCACAGGCCCUUUCACUACUAUCACUGGAGUCAAUACUGGUUCUGCUGGAACUACAGUUACACUUCCCCCCUCAGGCACUGACAGUAUCGGCACGGUUAUUGUCCUCGAGCCAAGCACGACUGCGCAGAGGACGACCUUUACAGUUCCCUUCACAGGUCCCUUCACCACGAUCACCGGCGUCAAUUCUGGCACCGCCGCUUCAACUGUUACCCUUCCCCCAUCAGGCUCGGAUCCUACCGGAACUGUCAUUGUCCUUGAGCCCAGUGGAACAUCAAAGCCAAGCACCUUCACUGGUCCCUUCACAACCAUCACUGGAGUGAAUACCGGCUCAUCGGGAACGACUGUUACUCUUCCUCCUUCUGGUACAGGCUCUGUCGGUACUGUCAUCGUCCUUGAACCUAGCACGACUGGACCGAGAAGCACAUUCACUGGCCCUUUCACUACGAUCACUGGUGUCAACACAGGCAGUCUGACUGCAACACUUACACUGGCCCCAUCUGGCUCUGACCCGACCGGCACGGUUGUCAUUCUAGAGCCUUCAGUCACUGCCCCUGCCUCUAGCUUCACUGGCCCUUUUACCACCAUCACUGGAAUCAACACUGGCACUGGUGUUGCAACUCUCACUCUGGCACCCUCUGGUACCGACUCAACUGGAACUGUUGUCAUCCUUGAGCCUUCUUCCUCUGCCCCUUCAAGCACUUUCACUGGUCCCUUCACCACCAUCACAGGAGCCGGCCCCAUCCCGACGACCGUCACCCUUCCUCCUUCAGGUGGUGACCCAAGCGGCACCGUUAUCGUGAUUGGCCCUCCCUCAAGCACAACAUUCACUGGUCCUUUCACUACGAUCACUGGUGUCAACACUGGUACUGGUUCCUCGACCGUCACACUUCCACCUUCAGGCACCGAUACGAUUGGUACUGUCAUUGUUCUGGAACCAUCCACGACCAAGACCUUCACUGGGCCUUUCACGACAAUCACUGGUGUUAACACAGGCACCGGCGCUUCUACUGUGACCUUGCCACCUUCUGGGACUGACUCGGUUGGUACUGUCAUUGUGCUUGAGCCGUCAACGACCAAGACCUUUACAGGACCUUUCACCACUAUAACUGGUGUCAAUACAGGCACUGGUUCUUCCACAGUCACCCUGCCUCCUUCUGGUACCGACACUAUCGGCACAGUUAUUGUCUUAGAGCCUUCCACCACCAGGACUUUCACAGGACCAUUCACUACCAUCACUGGUGUGAAUACUGGGACUGCAACUGGUGCCUCAACUGUGACACUUCCCCCCUCCGGCACUGACUCAGUCGGCACUGUCAUUGUCCUCGAGCCUUCCACCCGCACAACGUUCACUGGUCCUUUCACGACCAUCACUGGGGUCAACACAGGCACUGGAUCUUCCACCGUCACGUUGCCUCCUUCUGGCACCGAUACCAUCGGUACAGUCAUCGUGCUCGAGCCUUCUACCAGCGCCAGCGCCAAUGGGCCUUUCACCGGACCGUUCACCACUAUCACGGGUGUCAACACCGGAACUGCAACUGGUGCUUCUACCAUUACCCUACCUCCUUCUGGCACGGACACCAUUGGUACAGUCAUUGUACUAGAGCCUUCCACUCGUACAACCUUCACUGGUCCUUUUACAACGAUAACCGGGGUCAAUACUGGCACAGCGACUGGCGCUUCCACAUUGACCCUCCCUCCUAGUGGUACAGAUACAGUCGGCACAGUCAUCAUCCUAGAGCCUUCCACUUCUGCAGUCCCAACAACCUUUACAGGCCCCUUCACUACCAUUACAGGCGUCAACACUGGAACUGCAACUAGCCCUUCCACUUUGACCCUGCCUCCUUCUGGCACAGAUACAGUGGGCACGGUUAUCGUCUUGGAGCCUUCAACUUCAGCGGCAGCCACCACGUUCACUGGACCCUUCACCACUAUCACCGGUGUAAACACUGGAACUGCAACUAGCCCCGCUACUCUGACUCUCCCGCCGUCGGGUACGGAUACUGUUGGUACAGUCAUUGUCUUGGAACCCUCGACUUCAUCUCCAGCUUUCACUGGCCCUUAUACUACCAUCACAGGUGUCAACACUGGUACUGCGACUGGGGCUGCCACAGUCACUUUGCCGCCUUCUGGUACAGAUACAAUCGGCACCGUGAUUGUCCUGGAGCCAUCUACAGCUGCUACCCCAACCACAUUUACAGGCCCAUUUACCACUAUCACCGGAGUAAACACAGGCACAGCUACGGGAGCCCAGACCGUCACCUUACCACCCUCUGGAACCGACACGAUUGGUACCGUUAUUGUGUUGGAGCCCUCAACUUCAGCUCCUGCUUUCACCGGACCCUUCACUACCAUUACUGGUGUGAACACAGGUACUGCGACUGGAGCCUCAACCAUCACACUUCCUCCAUCUGGAACAGAUACCAUCGGCACAAUCAUUGUGUUGGAACCUUCAACAUCAGCACCUGCGUCAACAUUCACUGGUCCAUUCACCACUAUAACUGGUGUCAGCCCAGGGACCGCCACAGGGCCCUCAACAGUCACUCUCCCACCGUCAGGGACAGAUACUAUUGGAACCGUCAUCGUGCUCGAGCCAUCAACAUCAGCCUCGGCUUCGUCGUUCACAGGUCCUUUCACCACCAUCACUGGCAUCAACACAGGCACAGGCACAGGAGUAUCUACCAUCACUCUGCCCCCAACAGGAACUGACACCAUCGGAACUGUCAUUGUUCUUGAGCCUUCAACUUCAGCUCCUGCCUCGACUUUCACUGGACCUUUCACCACUAUCACUGGCGUCAACACAGGCACCGCUACUGGUACCUCUACCUUGACACUUCCACCGUCAGGCACAGAUACUAUCGGCACAGUCAUCAUCCUCGAGCCCUCAACUUCGUCACCUAGUUCUACCUUCACUGGUCCUUACACCACCAUCACAGGCAGUGGACCCAUUGAAACAAGCAUAACUCUGGCACCAUCUGGAACAGAUCCUGUCGGUACCGUGAUCGUGAUUGAGCCCACGCCUGCUUCAACUGUAUCCCCUGGAGCCACCGGAACUAGCGAGGGCUCAGGUGUUUCAUCAACCUCUGAUGGUUCUCAAGGUGAGUCAACGUCUUCCCUUGGAAGCUCCGACUCUGGCGCUUCAAGCACUUCCGGUUCCCCCUCCCAGCAAAGUUCAGAUGUUUUUUCUUCCCAAUCUUCUACCUCUGGUUCCUUCACCGAUGUGAACUCUGGCUCUGCGAGCGGCACUUCCAGUGGCUCUGUAGUAUCUUCAACUGGAGUUUCAUCAGGUGAUCUGUCAGCUUCUGUUACUGGUAGCUCUGAGUCCGCCUUCAGUACCUCUAGUCCCACAUCCCAGGAGAGUUCAGGUGCCUUCUCUUCUGAAUCCUCACUGUCGGAUACCCUCACCAACGGUGGCACCGUGGGUACUGAGUUUUUAAGCACUACCUUUACUGGCACCGACGGAUCAUUGACGACCGCCGCCUCAGGCGCAUCGCCAACCUCUGACUCUCAGAGUCAAGAGACGUCUGGUGCUGGAGGCCCGGGUACUUCUGGUACGGCAUCCCAACAGAGCUCAGACCCUUCCGGUUCCUUUACCAACGGCAAUACUGUUAGCACUGACACUGGCCUUGGCGAGUCUACUGGUUCUCCAUCAGGUGCUUUAUCAACCUCUGGUACCGGUAGCGAGUCGGCCUCUGCUCCGGGAAGCUCUGUUGGAACUUCAAGCACCUCUGGCGCCGUGUCACAACAGGGUUCUGAUACCUCGUCAGUCCCAGCGACAGAGACUGGUGGUAACACGGCUGGCCCCGGCCCCGCGAGCACCACUUCUGGCGGUGCUCAAGCAUCAUCAACUGGGAUGUCUUCUGGAGCUGUGUCCUCUAACUUCGGUUCAGAGACGUCUUCAUUUGGAUCAGGUACUGCAUCUGAGACUGACACUAGUGGCAACACUGGCGGUCCUGGUUCGGGAAGUACCAGUUCUGGUGACUCUGAAAUAACCUCCACUGAGGUUCUUUCAGGAGCUUCAUCCUCUGGAAUUGGACCGGAGGCGACUUCAGCCCCAUCCGGUGCAUCUUCGGAUACCAUUACCAAUGGCAACACUGGCGGCUCUGAGUCUACUAGCACCUCUAAUGACUCUGGCGAAUCCUCAAUGGGACUUUCCACUGUUGCCACAUCUGGAACUGGCGUAGAGACAUCUUCAGAAGGAUCGGGUGCUUCUUCAACUCUCGGUUCGGAGACCAGUGGUAACCCUGGUGCCUCUGGAUCUGCAAGCACGACAUCUGGCGGUUCUGAAGGAUCAUCUACCGGACUUCCUUCGGGGGCUUCAUCCUCUUUGUCUGGCUCAUGGACAUCUCCAAUUUCAUCAGGGUUUUCUUCAGAUACUGCAACCAACACUAACACCGUUGCGCCAGGAUCUGGAAGCACUACUUCGGGCGGCUUUGAAGUAUCCUCCACUGAAGCUCCCUCAGCUUCGUCCUCUGGAUCUGGUUCAGAGUCUAGCUUGGUUCAAUCAGGCGCUUCCUCAGAUACGGUGACCGAUGGGAACACUGGCGGCCCUGAGACUGCAAGCAGUACCUCUGACGGCUCUGGCGGAGCUUCAACAGGAGUCCCCACUGGUGCCACCUCUGGCCCUGGUGCUGAGUCUUCCGGACCCGAGACCUCUGGAGCCGGAUCAGGCACUUCUUCGGGUUCUCCUUCAGAGACUAGUGGUAACACUGGCGUUUCUGGUACCCCUGGGCCUGGUACCGAAAGUAGCACCUCAGCUGCCUCUGGAGGAUCCUCGACAGGAGUUCCCACUGAAGCUGCAUCCUCUAGCUCUGGCGCUGGAACCUCUGGCACUGAGACUUCGGGGGCUGCAUCAGAUACUUCUUUGGCUUCAGUCUCGGAGACAGGUGGCAAUACCGGCGCUGCAAGCGGCACCUCUGAUGUAUCUCCAACGGGUACUUCUACCGGUGAGACAUCAUCUGGCUCUGGCUCUGAAACAUCUUCAGCGGAUACUGGUGGUUCCUCUGCUUCGCUUACGGAGACUGACAACACUGAUACCGCAGGCACUGCAAGCAGCACCUCGGGUCCCUCUGGAGGAUCCACGACAGGAGUUCCCACUGGUCAGACAUCAUCUGGGUCUGGUACCGAGACAUCUGGAGCCAAUUCAGGUGCUUCGUCUGCUUCACUUACAGAGAUCGGCAAUACUGGUGCCCCUACCUCUACAAGCACUAGCGGCUCUGACGAAUCUUCAACUGGUGUUCUUUCUGUUGGUGCUACAUCCUCUGACAACACCGGCUCUGAGACCUCUUCAGAAGGAUCAGGUGCUUCUUCAACCGCUGGAGAGGAGUCAGGUACUGGUGCCCCAGCUUCUACAGCUGGUACGUCUGAGGGCUCUGAAGGCUCUUCGACAGGAAUUCCCACUGUCGCUACUUCAUCUGGUUCUGGCUUAGAGACCUCGGGCGCUUCCUCGACAAUUGCUGAGGAGUCAAGUACCGGUGCCCUUGCCUCUACCGCAACUGCCUCUAGCGAUUCCGAAGAAUCUUCAACUGGAGCCCCCUCCGGUGCUGCAUCAUCUGACUCUGGUUCUGAGACCACCCCAGCUGGAUCAGUUGCUUCUUCUUCGACUGCUGUCGAGGAGUCAGGCAAUACCGGUACCCUCGUUUCGACUACCAGUGCAUCUGAAGGCUCUGAAGGAUCUUCAACUGGAGUUCCCUCUGGAGCCUCUUCAUCAGAGCUCGGCCCGGAGACUUCAUCAGCUGGAUCUGAGGUCUCAUCUGGAAGCUCUGGUACCUCUGAGCCUACUGCCGCCACUUCAUCUUCUGGACCGGGUGCAUCUUCUUCGGUUUCAGCUACACAGACUGACAGCACUGGUGCCCCUGUCUCUACCAGUGGUACCUCUAUCGACUCAGAAGGUUCUUCUACUGGACUUGCAACUCAAGCUUCAUCUAGUUCUGAUGUAGAGACUGCCUCAACUGGCUCUGGCUCAGAGACAACCUCCACUGGACUCGGUACAGAGACCACUUCAACUGGGUCCGGUGCCUCUACCGGAACUGCCACUGAGGCUUCCACUGGUUCAGGCUCAGAGACCGCCUCAACUGGAUUCGAGGCCACUUCAGAUAGCACCACUGGACCUACCUUCAUGACUUUCACCUCAUCGGGAUUCAUUACACAAAUCUCUAGUUUAUCGUCGUCCUCUGAAGAGAUCACUGACAUUUCAUCAGGCCCUGACACCUCUACUGGUUCUAGUUCUCCUGCCACCGGCGCCUCUUCAACUUCUGACUCAGACGCUGCUACUACCUCAUCGGGAGCUGGAAUAGAGACUUCUGGUUCUACUGGCUCCGCUGGAGAGCCUUCGAACACUUCAUCAGGAUCCGAGGGCUCCUCCACUUCCGGUUUUCCCUCCGAGAGCUCCAACACCUCCGCCGGCCCAGGAGAGUCUUCUGACACUUCUGGUGUCCCCGCAGAGACCUCUUCCGGUCCCGCUUCUGAGACCACUGGUGCUUCGUCUUCUGGUUCAGGUGCCGCCACUACGUCAUCAGGACCUGAUGCUUCUUCUACUUCUGGUCCUCCUUCUGAGAGCUCCAACACAUCUGCUCCCCCUGCUGAGUCCUCGUCUGAUGCCGGUGAGUCUUCCGGUACCUCAGGUAUCCCCUCAGAGACUCCUUCAGGCUCUGGUUCCGAGAGCACUUCAGUGUCUGCCACUUCUGGGGCCGGUGGAGAGUCUUCGGCGGCUUCUUCAUCUGGACCUGAGUCAACUUCCGAUGGAUCUUCUGCUACAACCGACGAUGGCUCGGGCACUUCUAGCACUGCGGCUACCACUGGUGGAUCCUCUGGAGCUUCAUCUGCUUCGCCUGAGUCCUCUUCUGCCGCGUCCUCAGAACCCACUGAGACGUCUGGCACUUCUGCGGGCUCUGGGGAGUCCUCUGCGGCCACAUCGGGUGUUAUUUCUGAGACUUCCAGUGGCGCUGGCGUGAACACUUCUUCCGACGAUGGUGCCUCUUCUGAACCUGCUACCUCCGGUGCCCCUGAGACUUCCUCAGGUGCUGCUGCUAGCUCAGGCGCUUCCAGUGAAUCUUCCGCUAGCCCCACGUCUGCAGCAUCCGAGCAGUCUUCUGCUACGUCGGAGGGCUCUUCUGAGACCUCCAGUGGUGAUUCCGCCAAUAGCUCUUCAGAUGCUGGUGCCUCCUCAACCACCGGAGCUGAAGCUACUACAUCGCCUGGUGCUGAGUCCUCGGCGACUUCGAAUGUUCCUGCGGAGACUUCCAGUGACGCUGCCUCUUCCGGCGUUGCUACCUCUGACGUUCCCGAGACUUCCUCAGGUGCCUCAACCAGUGACUCUCCCGCCAGCUCCACUUCUGCGCCAUCUGACGGAUCCUCUGCUACAUCGGAUGUCCCUGCGCAAACCUCUAGUGAUGCUGGCGCUGGUAGCUCCUCAGAUACCGGUGCCUCGUCUACCGCUGAAGCUGAAACUUCAUCUGCACCGGCUGGCGAGACUACAUCAGAUGCCCCUGCUGAGACCUCUAGUGAUACUGGUGCCAGUAGCUCUUCAGAUGCCGGCGCCUCGUCUACCUCUGAUGCUUCACCAACUUCGUCGGCCGACACUGAGUCCUCAUCUGCCCCGGCUGAAGAGUCUUCGUCUACAGCUGAUGUACCUGCGGAGACCUCAAGCGACGCUGGCUCCUCUGCUGCUGCAACCUCCUCCGAUGUACCUGAGUCAUCCUCAUCCGAUGCUGAGCCUACCAGCACUUCCGAUGACUCUGGUGCCAGUGCCACUUCUGCUUCCGCAACAUCGAAUGUACUCGAGACCUCUUCCGAGGUCCCCGCAGAGACUUCCAGCGAUGCUGGUGCCAACAGCUCCUCUGCUCCUGCUACCUCUUCUGAUGUGGCCGAGACUUCUUCAGCUGACAUCGAGCCUACCAGCAGCUCUGAUGCUGCCGCUAGUACCGCUUCCUCAGCCGCCGAGGAGUCGUCAUCGCCAGCUACCUCGGAUGCCGCCGUGACCUCUUCCGAUGUACCCGCUGAGACCUCCUCUGACGCUCCUGUUGAGACUUCCAGUGAUUCUGGUGCGAACAGCUCCUCGGACUCUGCGCCUGCUACAUCUUCUGACGCAGCUGAGACGUCUUCAGCGGACACCCAACCUACCAGCAGCUCGGAUGCUGCCGCUAGCACCACUUCCUCACCCUCUGAGGAGUCUUCGUCACCGGCUACCUCAGAUGCUUCCGAGAUCUCCUCGGAAACGCCCGCUGCGACGUCCAGUGAUGUUCCUGCCAUCAGCUCCUCUGAAGAAGCUAGUUCAUCCGCACCUGCGACAUCCUCUGAAGCACCCGCUGAGACCUCUUCCGUUGCUCCUGUUGAGACUUCCAGUGAUGUUCCAGCCACCUCUUCAGCGCCCGCCGCGACAUCUACUCCCGAGUCCUCUUCCGCUGCCCCCGAGACCAGCGCCGAGCCGACCUCAUCAGCUGCAGAGACAUCUGCUGAGCCUGUUACAACCGAAGCCCCAACCUCCGCCAGCCCAACCACUCCCGAGCCCCAGACCUCGUCUGCAACUGAGUGUAUCCCUUCGCCAAACGUUUCGGGCUCUUGCGCCGUGGCUCUUCCCGCUGCCUGUUCACAACUCGAGACUACCAGCGGCCUAGCUCUUAUUCCCGUCCUCACUGUCUGUACUGUUGCCCUCGGUCCCUAUGCCGUUGGUAACGUUGCCUCCUGUCUCGCCACCACCCCGAUCGUUGGCACUUCUGGUUUGAGUAUCUUCAACUGUGUCCUUGAUGCCUUGGAGGAGCGUUGCAUCACAACUCUUCCCGACGCUUGUACAGAUCUGGCAACUUCCAAUGGUCUUGAACUUGUUGCCGAUGUCGCUGUUUGUGCUGUUGCUCUCGGUCCCUUUGCCGCUGGAAGUGCUGCUACAUGUCUCUCCACUGGUGACAUCACUGGCAGCACAACAGGUACUAGCAUCGUUGAGUGUCUCGAGAUUGCUUUUGGUCUUGCGUCUGGCUCAAGUACCGUUACUGGCCUUCCCUUCUGUGAUGAGCCUACAACUACGCCCACACCAACGCCUACGCCAACCCCUCAGCCGGCCUGCUUCGAACUACCUGAAGACUGCGCGUUCCUUGGCACCUUGACUGGUUCCGUCGCUAUUGCUAUAUCCGCUCCAGCUUGUAGAACAGCACUCGGCAAUUACAACACAGGAGCCGUGGCGUCUUGCACUACCUCCGGUAUCGGUCUCUUCACCUCCGGCUCGGUUGUCGUUAACUGUCUCAACAAUGCCCUCUCCGGGACGUGUAUCUCUACACUCCCGACGGCUUGUUCGAGCCUGGCUGGGCAGAAUUCCGUUCAACUUGCCUUGAACCUUGGUGCUUGCGACAGUGCCCUUGGGCCAUUCGGAGAGGGAGCAGCGGAAGAUUGCUUGAGCGUUCUGCAGGGUAGUGGCGACGCUGUUGUGAGCUGUCUCAACAAUGCGCUUUUCUUUCCCACUACGGCUGCGGCACUGUAA